AUGGCGACACCACCGACCAUUUCGAACAUGUGGACCGCGCCCUCACCACAUUUUGCGGCUGCCCAGCCAGCAGCUGCGAGUACAGCGGAAGAAUCGGGCCUGCAGGCGAGGCCUAUGGGACUCAAGGUCCAUUACUCCUUCGAUCGUGAUAAUCAGGUGCACUGCCUGGCGCGGUGGCCUAAUAUCCUUCACAUUCAGACCAUACCCCUCGACGAAAAGACCACUAUCGGCGUGGUAGACUUGCGGACCUGUCUCCAGGCGGUGUCCCAGAGCAGCCCAGAGAUCCUGAACCAGCAAGAAAACGACUUCAGCGUGUAUGCAUACGACUACUCCGAACCGGAUGUGCCUCUCGUGGGACAGGGUCUGCUGUCAUCGAAUCUGGACUCACAGCGUGACUCACAACAAGAGCAAUUGGUCACGGGACGUGUCACGAGAAAUCUCCUUGCCCUUCUUCAUAAUGGAAGCCGGGAUACCCUGGAAGUGAAACUGAAGUUUGCGACUGUGGCGAGAAUCCCACAACGGAUAGACCACCCCAGUAUAGAGGGUGCAAAUGGGACGAGAUCGGCGUCAAUUCCUGCCGAGGCCGUGUCGGAAUGGAGCUCGUUCAUCCAAACCAACAGCAUGUUGGGGCAUGCCUCCAACGCUAGUGCCAGCGCCGUCUCCUCCCCUGCGCUCGCACCAGCACAACUCAGCCAGCACAACCCCCUAAUGGCGGAGAGCAAGCCGAUGGGACCACGGAGCGACAGCCAGCCGCCACAACUAAUUCGGCCGGCUACUAAUUCCCCGUUCAACGGCAUGCCGCCUGUUGCGAUCCUCCCAACAAACAGGCCUUCUAGCGCCGCACCGAUCCCCCCGAGGCCGCAGGGCUCCGCAGAAAACGCGCCAUCACCGGCGCUUUCCCAACUCGUAGAGCCUGCGUCAAAACCCCGUCCUUCCAAGCCUUCGAGAUCGCGGAGCAAACAACCGACUGGGAGGCCGCGGGGACGGCCCAGGAAAAGGCCAUUGGAGACAGGAAACACGUCGGCAGUCGAGGAGGGUACGGAUGGCGACGAUGGGCCGCACAAGAAGAGGGCUACGGUCACUAAAACCGAGUACAGCGCAAUUGCUCCCUUUGGCGCCACCCCGGAUUCCCUAAGGGUGGCUGCUAGCACCUCCGGCUCCCUCCGUAAUAUGAGGCCUGUUGGUGCUGUGGCAGAAGGGCCUGCUGCCAAUCACCUCCAGGAUGUCCCUCGCGCACCCACACCUAUUCCAGACGGGCGGGUGUUGCACCAGCAACACCGGAGGAGAGCAUUGGAGAACCAGGCGAGAGCUGAGCACAUGAAUCAGAUGGACCAAGGGGGCCUCGACAGGGCAAUGCUGCAAAAUGGGAGUCAGGAUGCCAGAUCGCCCGCGGAUUCGAAUGCGCAGUCCCCCGACCAUGGCUAUCUGCCAGAGGAUAGCGCUGGGGACCUGAACUCCUCGCCACCUGUCCCACGCGCAACCCCAUACAUCCAAUCCAGCCCGCCAGCCUCCAGCCCCACCCUUCCUGCCAUGCCCAUGCCAUUGCUUGACUCUGGAUUCAUGAGCGGUGGGCUAGAGGAUAUCUUUGAUGAGGACAUGUUGCAAGGUUUUGGGCAGGGGCAGAUGCAGGAUCAAAUGCUCCCUGUUUCUUCUCUUCCUGUCGCAAGCAAGCCGGGACCCCGAAAGAACGGUCGUUCCCAAUCACAACCACAACAACAGCCGCAGCCGCAGCCGAGCAACUUUCCUCGUUCCAAGAAGUCAACCCGGGGCUCGUCCUGA